UAGUGGUCCACUGAAUCCCACCUUCCCAUAAAUGUGUAAUCAGCUGUAUAAUUGUUCGGUAAGACACUACAAUAAAAAUGAAAUUUUCAUUAUUAAAAUGAAGUUUUAUUGUAUACUUACCGAACAAUUAUGAUUAUACCCACCCUCCUCCCCUUAGGUGGAUGGACGGGCAGAAAGAAUUGGAUUCACCUGGGCAGUUGUACCUGGUUCUCCCGCGAGUGGAGGGAGAUGACGUCAUCACCACCAGUGUUGGCGACGCCUACGCGCUAAAUUUGAAUUUAGUAUCCUGCCGCUCGUGGAAAUCACGGCUGUAUAAUUGUUCGGUAAGUAUACAAUAAAACUUCAUUUUAAUAAUGAAAAUUUCAUUUUAAUUAUGUUAUUUUCCUAUGUUCACGGACACAGUUUAACUAAUGUAGCACAUACAGUGGGGCCCCCAUAUUCGUGUUCUCCGGAUUCGUGGUUUUUUUUUUCUUUUUAGACCAUAUCUACCCAUUAUUCACGGGAAAUUCGCCUAUUCAAAGUAUUUUUCAGUGAGAAAUAUCCAGAAAUUCCUGUGUUUUUUUUAUCAGUUUCAUCAUAAAAUGCACUAUUUUUGAUAAAACUACAGGUACACAAUCCUUGAUCCGAAAUCCCUAGGGCCAGAUGUGUUUUGGUUUUUGAAAUUUUUUGAACAUUACUACUGUAAUGAAAGCAUUUUUGCCUUGUUUUUUUCCUGUUUUUUCAUUAUACUAGUUAUUUUUUCAUUACAUAUAGUUUAUUUUUUAUAUAAUAUUAAUAUAGUACAUACUGUUAAAUGAAUGUGAGAUAAUUAACAUCAUUAAUAAUAAACUAGUGGGACAAAUAUGACCAUAUGUUCACUAACAUAUUUUCAACAAAAGCAUAUUCGAUAAAGCCCAAAAAUACACACACUACAUAGUAAUUGAAUGUUACUGGGAUCGUGAUUAUUUGACUGAUAAUGGCACAAGUUACUCAAUAAUUUGCUUUAUAUAAUUAUUUGUUCCUACACAAAAAACAAACCCUCGGUCCUUUACAUGAGGGAAUUACUUUCGGCACAGUUGGAAUUAUGGCCGUUAAAUUGUUGAACAAGGUGGUUAGGCAGUAACUACCUUGUGGCAGGCAGGUAGGCCUGCCUGUUAACACUUCACUUUUCUUUCAGCCGUCUUCCGAUGAAGACAUGUUUUUGUGAGCUCUUGCUGACUGGCCGUUGAUCAUUUUCCCAGUGGGAUCUUUCAUUUUUCAUUUUUUUUAAUAAAUAUGGGUAUACUACGUACUGUGUCUGAUAUUAAUAAUUGAUUGGAUUUAUUCAUUAAUAUGCAAACCCACUUUCAAAGCACCUUUGAAACAGUGCCGUGGUGUAGAUUUUUUUGGAGUUUGAAAUGAUCUGUUGGUCCAUGGGCUGAAUGAGAGGAAUGGUAUUAAGGGGCAAGAACUUGACCAUAGUGAAUUUAAAUUCAUCCAGUAACUGGUCUUCCAGGCCAGUAGGAUGUGCAGGAGCAUUGUCCAUUACCAGGAUGCACUUGAGGCCAAUUGAUUUUUGCAGGUAUUUUUUCACACUUUGGCCAAACAUUUCAUUGAUCCACUCAACAAAGGUUUGCCUUGUGACCCAUGCCUUUCUAUUAGUCUUCCACAUCACAGGCAGUUUAUUCUUGAUCACAUUGUUUUUCUUUAACACUUGGGGUUUCACAGUGAUACACAGGUAGGGGCUUCACUUUAAAGUCCCCAUUGGCGUUCCCCACAGACUAAGAGUGUUAGGCUAUCCUUCAUAGGCUUGUGCCCUGGCAAUGAACUUUCCUCCUGCAUGAUGUAGGUCCGCUUUGGCAUUUUUUUUUCCAAAACAGGCCUCUGUCUCAUCACAAUUGAAGACCUGUUGGGGAGGAAUCCUUCAGCCUCAAGAUACUCUUUGAAUUCAACAAAUUCUUCGGCACCGUGUUUAUUGGAACUUGCAGCCUCCCCAUGCCGUACGACGCUAUGUAUGCCUGUAUGCUUUUUAAAUUUUUCAAACCCAGCCUCUGCUGGCCUUGAAAUCACUAAGAGCAGCACUUGUUGUUGACAUUUUCUUACUAAAAUCAGCAUGUAACAUCCUAGCUUUCUCACAAAUUAUUGCUUCAGACACACUAUUCCCUCACUAAUUGUUUUUCAUUGAUCCACACCAACAGCUUUUCAACAUAUUCCACUAGUUGCGAUCUCUGUUUCAAUAAUGAUGUGACCCUUUUCGCAACAUCAACUGCCUUGAUUUCAUGUUUCUUUGCUAGGAUAGAGCUGAUUGUUGACAUGUGUAGAUCAGCUACACGUGCACCACUUUCAUACUUCAUUACAAGUACUUUUUUACUUCUAUCAUAUUUCUGGUCUUUUUUACCAAAGGGCUGUCACUUGCAACUUUCUUUGGCCCCAUGAUGACUUUGUUGCAAUGAAUUUUAACAGCAAAAUAGAACAAAACAAAACAAACACAUGCUCUGAUGCAGACUGCAAGUACAGUGAUGCUUGUUCAGUGAGAAACAAGCCAGAAUGGAUCACGAGAGAAUACGAGACACUGUGUGGGCGCUCGAUAUGGGGCCCGGUCACACCCCUGGCCUUGGAUGGAACAUUUCUGAGUGUAUGAAAACUGAAGAAACGUACGAUAACUGAGACAAAAUUUAAUGGAAAAAGUCUACGAAAACCAAAACGUACGAAAAGAGAGGCGUACAAACACCGAGGUUUGACUGUAUGGUUAAAUAAUGUAAUGUGAGACUUUGGAUUGCAGUGCUAUUUUUUCUACUUAAUGAAACUUAUAUCAACAGCUAGUCAGGCUGCUGCACAGAGAGCUGGAGGAGGAGCUGCAGGAGCUAAACAUUCAGCAACUAAUCAGAAAUUGGGUAUGAGUCUAGAAGAAGCCAAACAGAUAAUUAAUGUGGAAGAACUUCAUCCAGAAAAGAUACAAAAGAAUUUUGACUAUUUAUUUUCUGUAAAUGAUCGAAAACAAGGCGGAUCAUUUUAUAUACAAAGUAAGAUUUGUGGAAGAGGAAGCUGUGAACGAAGAUUUUGUACAGAUACAUGGCAGAUAAGUCAUAAUCGAUUCUGGCCUGAAAUACCUACGAUGGUAAACCCUUUCUUCAGAGUACCUGUUCGUCAUUUUUCUUCUAAUACUUUUAACUGGGACUCUGUUCUGUCAGAGUCAAGCAGAAAACAAUGUGUAGAUCGCUUGCAAAAAGCUGGAGCUCUAAGGAAGUUCCAGCGAGAAUCAAAAAGAUAUGCUGCUGUUCUUAUACCUUUGUGUCAUUAUGAGGGAGAAUUGUCCCUCCUGUUUACAGUUCGAUCUGCUACUCUGAGUAAACAUGCUAGAGAGGUAGGUUUCCCAGGUGGGAUGGCAGAUCCUGAUGAAGACCCAAUAGACACUGCUUUAAGAGAAACAGAAGAAGAAAUAGGUAUUCCUGGAACUGAUGUUGAUAUUUGGGGGGUUACACCUGUGGUUCCAGGAAGAGAUAAUCAGGGAAUCAGGGGAGUUUUGGCAUAUAUAGGCACUAUUGAUCAACAGAACUUGAAACUUUCAGAAAAUGAAGUUGAUUGUGUAUUUGCAGUAUCACUUCAAAAUCUUUGUGAUCCACAGAAUGCAAAACAAACACAAUUUAGGUCUAAGGAGAUGAAAGGCGGGGGCUAUGCCUUACCUGUUUUUAUAGGCUGUAAUCCACGAAUUUGGGGUUUAACAGCAAUAAUAGUUCAUAUGACUCUUCGUGCUCUUCUUCCACGGGUGUAUAAGAAUAAUCUCACUUAUUUACCACCAUUAUUGAAAUAGAAGAUAAAAGAAAUAGGUAGACAUGUUCAUAUAAUAAGAUUGAUCAACCUGGAUGUGAAUGUUCUUUCAAUCUUUGUGUUGGUGCACGUUUUGGUCUUCUUUUGUGUGGUAAUAUUCUUACUAGGUUUUGAUUCAGAGUUCAUACCUGUAUUUUGACUAUGGUUUCAAACUUUGAGUUUGUUUUCAAAAAUAAAUACCUUUUCAAAGUUUAACCUCAUAAUAGAAUAUGGCACAGUGUUUCAUAUAUAACUGCAAUGACAUUAUGUACAGUAUGAAAAUAGAGUAUAUAUGAGAAGCUGGUCUUCCAAAAUGCUUCUGAUAAUUGCACAAUGUUCUUAUAAUGUGGGCACUAGGUUCUGAAUUACUGUACGCUAGUUUGUGUUGUAUACCUAGUGUGAGUUAGACAAUAUUUUGUGUUUUCAUUUUAUCUUAUUCUUCAUUAUUUAUUUGAUAUGAUUGUUUAAUUAAUUUGUAGAAAUAUAAGCUUUCAAGGAAAAUUAUUUCAAAAUUUGCUUUUGGUCUGUACAUUGUGAGGCAUCCUCUUGUAGCAUACAUAAUGUUAAUAAGAUUUUUAGUGACUGUUUCUUUAAUAAUAACAGUUCAGUUUCUAUACCUUAUCUGUGUAUGGAUUUUUUUUUGUACAGCUUGAAAGUAUUUCAGUUAUUGAAAUUUUUAGUAAAAGGAUAGUUAGAAAUAGCUCAGGAGUUGGAUAGCAAUAAAUUAACAUCCAUACAAUAGCAUGGACAAGAAUAUUUGGCAUGUAGUAAAAAUGUAAAUUGAAGGAUACAGCUGAAUUUUUAGUCAUGUUCUGUAUCUUGUAAAUUGUAUAGUGUUAUUUUUAUUGUUUCCAUCUGUAUUCUUCUUGACAGAUUUAGACUUGGAAGGUUUAGAUUAUUAUUUUUAAUCAUUAUCAUCAAAUACUAUAACCAGGCCAGUGAGUUAACAUUCUUAGCUUCUUCAGAGCUGGCAUGAAGAGUUUUUUUUAUUAAUAGAUUAUAUUCUUAUAAAGUUAGGUAGUUUCAUUUCAGGAAUUCAGUGAAAAAUUAUUUGUUGACAAAAUAAAAGCAAAAUUGUUUUA